AUGGCUACUUUCCAAAUGAGCCCCCAAACUCAUGCAGUGCCCAUGGCAUUGUUUCGAAAAAAUCGUCAAAAAGUGUGUGAAGCAUUAAAGUCGAAUGUCGCUGUCGAAAAGGGAUCCUUUGUCUUGUUGGAAGGCGGCAAGGAUGUUAGUUUCAAUGACACCGAUACCAACUAUCUGUUCCGCCAGGAAUCCUAUUUCCAAUACUUUUUCGGUGUUAAAGAGCCAGACUGUUAUGGUGUAUUGAAUGUUGAUUCCGGCGAAUCCAUACUCUUUGUACCACGUUUGCCUGAGGAAUAUGCCACCUGGAUGGGACGUCUUUUAUCUUUGGACGAAUUCAAAUCAAUGUAUGAAGUUGAUCGAGUCCUUUAUGUCGACGAACUUCCAACAUUCUUUGAAAAGGCAUCACCUAAAUUGAUUUUGACACUCAGUGGUUUGAAUACCGAUAGUGGUCUGCGCUCAAAGCCAGCCACUUUCGAGGGCAUUGAAAAGUAUGUUGUCAAUUGUGAUUUGUUACAUCCAGUUGUGGCUGAAUGCCGUGUCAUCAAAACUCCAGAAGAAAUUGAAGUUCUACGCUACGUGGCCAAGGUUUCUUCAGAUGCCCACAUUAAGGUUAUGCAGUUUAUGCGUCCGGGACGUAGUGAAUUUGAAGGUGAAGCAGUUUUCCUACAUCAUUCCUAUGCUGUGGGUGGUUGCCGCCACACCUCCUACACUUGUAUUUGUGGUAGUGGUACUAAUUCGGCAAUUUUGCAUUAUGGCCACGCUGCCGCUCCCAACGAUAAGGCUGUCAAGGAUGGUGAUAUGUGCCUCUUCGAUAUGGGUGCCAAUUAUUGUGGUUAUGCUGCUGACAUUACCUGCUCCUUCCCAGCCAAUGGCAAAUUCACCGAAGAUCAAAAAUUCAUUUACAAUGCUGUACUGGAUGCCCGUAAUGCUGUUUUAAAGGAAGCUCGCGAAGGUGUCUCCUGGGUUGAUAUGCAUCGUUUGGCGUGCCGUGUUAUGUUACAACGCCUCAAGGAAGGUGGUAUGCUGCAGGGAGAUGUUGAUGAAAUGUUAGCUGCCGGUUUGGCUGGUACUUUCCAACCUCAUGGUUUGGGUCAUCUAAUUGGAUUGGAUGUUCAUGAUGUUGGUGGUUAUUUGCCCGGUCAACCUGAACGUCCUUCCGAACCUUGGCUCAGCAAAUUACGUUUUGCCCGUACCCUACAAGCAGGCAUGUAUGUUACCGUUGAACCCGGUUGCUACUUCAUUGACAUCCUUAUGGACAAAGCCCUGGCCGAUCCCAAUCUAAAUAAAUUCAUUGUCAAAGAUGUUUUUGAACGUUUCCGUUCAUUCGGUGGUGUUCGCAUCGAGGAUGAUGUCUUGAUCACAAAGACAGGCAAUGAAAAUUUUGCCAUUGUUCCCAGAACUGUUGAAGAAAUUGAAAAGUGUAUGGCAGAACGUGAGGACUGA